UGCUGGUUCUUCUUCUUUAUAAGAAGCCAAAGGACUGUGCACAGUGCAUAGACACAGCCACUAGGCGUUUGAUUGAAUCAUUCACCUACAUUUGAUACUUUCUUGUCACCUCCCCGCACCGAAGAGCCACGUGCGUCCUUCAUACAUUCACAGGUCUCGUCGUUGAUUCAACUCUCUCUGUACGUAGUUUAUUUUUGGACAUCUUUCGGUUCUAGAUUGGUCCAGAACGAAUUUGACUCUGAAAGUUUUAGAAUUUAUAGCUGCUCUCCAUGGAUAUAUCGCUGGAGAUUGUUAGUGUAGCGUUUUUCAUAGGUUUAUUGACGUGGGUUUUGCUGGAUAUUAUGAGACGAAGAAGAGGUGGUGGUAGCAAUCGUACAUGUUUGAUACAUAGAGCAGACAGAGGAUGUAAAGUUCUUGCUUUGCUUACCAUUCUUGCAAAUGCCUUAAUCUCAACUUUUUACCUUGGUUUUGGCAUUUAUGAGUAUUGGGUUGGUGGUGGAAUUAUAAGUUGUAAAUCAAUCUUCUCUGGCAUGACUUGGGUUUUAGCCACACCAAUUACAGUCUACUCCAAGAACACAAUUCUCAGUGAGCAAAAUAGGUGGCCUUGGGUCCUCAUUAUUUGGUGGAUCUUUUCCUGCAGUUUUUACUCACUUUCUCUGUGCCUUUACCUGAUUACUCACUUCAGAUCCAUAGAUUUCCCAGAUAUUCUUCCCAAGGCUAACAUAGUUGAAUUUGCUUCCUUUCCUCUGUCAGUACUACUUUUCUUCAAUGCCUUUAGAUGUGCUGCCCAGGAAAAAAAUGACCUUAAGCACCCAUUACUUGAGAAGGAAGAUGAAACUCCCCCCCAAAACACUGAUACUUACACGAAAGCCGGAAUUUGGAGCAAGGCUACAUUUCAAUGGCUGAACCCACUUUUCAAAAGGGGUCGAAUCCAGAAACUGGAACUACCUCAUAUUCCACAUGUUCCUCCCUCAGAAAGAGCAGAAAAUGCUUCCUAUGUGCUUGAUGAGUCACUGAGGAAACAGAAAAUGGAAGAUUCUUCUUUGCCAAAAUCCAUAAUGCGGGCUAUACGAAGAUCAUUAGCCAUAAAUGCUGUUUUUGCAGGAGCCAAUACGGCUGCAACAUAUAUAGGUCCUUUCCUAAUUACAAAUUUUGUAAAUUAUUUGCUUGAAAAGAAUGACAAUUCAAGCAUCCACCAUGGGUUGAUUCUUGCGUUCAUAUUCUUCAUUGCUAAGACAUUGGAAUCAUUGAGUCAGAGGCAGUGGUAUUUUGGUGCUCACCUCAUUGGUGUACGAGUACGAGCAGCUCUCACUGUGUUGAUUUACAAGAAAUCUAUUUCCAUAAAGUAUUCUGGUCCAAGCAAUGGAAAAAUUAUUAAUUUAAUCAAUGUGGAUGUAGAAAGAAUUGGAGACUUCUGCUGGUACAUUCAUGGUAUUUGGUUGCUCCCACUUCAAGUAGUUUUGGCACUGGCUAUCCUUUACAGGAAUCUUGGUGCGGCGCCCUCUGCUGCUGCUCUUCUUUCCACAGUUUUGAUCAUGGUAUGCAACACACCUUUGGCCAAUAUGCAAGAACGGCUUCACUCCAAGAUCAUGGAAGCGAACGAUUCAAGAAUCAAAGUAACAUCAGAGAUUCUGAAGAGCAUGAGAGUUCUAAAGUUGCACUCAUGGGAGCCCACAUUCUUGAAGAAGCUGCUUCAACUCAGGGAAACAGAGAGGCAUUGGCUGAAGAGAUACCUUUAUACAUGCUCAGCAGUGGCCUUUCUCUUCUGGGCUUCACCAACUCUAGUCUCAGUUACCACUUUUGGUGUAUGCAUAAGACUAAAUACACCGUUAACAGUAGGUAGGGUAUUGUCUGCUUUAGCUACGUUUAGAAUUCUACAAGAGCCUAUCUACAACCUGCCAGAGCUCAUUUCCAUGAUUACUCAGACAAAGGUAUCUAUUGAUCGUAUCCAAGAAUUUGUCAAAGAUGAUCAAAUGAAGCUGAUUCCUUGCCAUACUUCAAAAGUAUCCGAUGUCAUGGUUGUUCUUGACGCAGGAGAGUAUGCAUGGAUAACAACCGAGCAAGACUUUAAGAAACCUACAAUCAAAGUUACAGAGAAGAUAGAGAUAAUGAAAGGAUCCAAGGUCGCAGUUUGUGGCUCUGUUGGUUCUGGCAAGUCAAGCCUACUACUUAGUAUACUUGGUGAGAUUCCCAAAAUUUCUGGGGCAGGAGCGAAGGUUUAUGGAACAAAAGCUUAUGUUCCACAAAGUGCUUGGAUUCAAACUGGAACAAUAAGGGAGAAUGUGUUGUUUGGCAAGGAAAUGAAUGAGGGCUGUUAUGAGUAUGUUUUGGAAAUUUGUGCUUUGGAUCAUGAUGUCAAUACGUGGGAAGAUGGGGAUUUGACUGUAGUGGGGGAGAGAGGGAUGAACCUAAGUGGUGGAGAAAAGCAAAGAAUUCAACUGGCUAGAGCUGUCUAUAGUGAUUCAGAUGUUUACAUUUUGGACGAUCCUUUCAGUGCUGUGGAUGCACAUACAGGAACACACUUGUUUAAGAAAUGUCUCUUACAACACUUGUCCAUGAAGACUGUCAUCUACGCUACCCACCAAUUAGAAUUUUUAGAAGCAGCUGACCUUGUCUUGGUAAUUAAAGAUGGUCAAAUUGCUGAGUCUGGAAAAUAUGAGGAUUUGAUUGCGGAUCCCAACAGUGAACUUGUCAGACAAAUGUCGGCGCAUAAAAAAUCAUUUGACCAAGUUAACACAUGCCAACAAGAUGAUUCCUUUAAUAGAAGACCUCAUCAAGUUAAUCUAAUAGAGGUUUUAGAAGAAAAAGAGGCCAUCAACAAUGGGAAGCUUUCAGGAAAAAGUAACGAAGAAGAGGCAGAAACUGGUCGAGUGAAAUGGCGUGUUUACUCAACCUUUGUCACUUCUGCUUGUAGAGGUGCUCUUGUUCCGGUCAUCCUUCUCUGUCAAGUCUUCUUCCAGGGACUACAAAUGGGGAGCAAUUACUGGAUUGCUUGGGCAACAGAGAAAGGCAAAGAGAGGUUGAUGUGGGUAUUUGCUCUGUUAUCUGCUGGGAGUUCCAUCUUCAUUCUGGGAAGGGCACUUUUUCUGUCAACUAUUGCUAUUCAGACUGCUCAGCGUCUCUUCCUUGGAAUGAUUACUUCAGUUUUCCGGGCACCAAUUUCAUUUUUCGACUCCACGCCUUCUAGUCGAAUCCUAAAUAGGUGUUCUACGGAUCAAAGCACAGUAGACAUGGAUAUUCCAUAUAGAAUAGCUGGAUUGGCAUUUGCCCUCAUCCAGCUAAUAAGCAUCAUCAUCCUUAUGUCUCAAGUGGCCUGGCAAGUCUUCAUUCUUUUCCUUGGCGUUCUUGCACUCUCCAUGUGGUAUCAAGCUUAUUACAUUACCACAGCCAGAGAACUCGCCCGAAUGGUUGGAAUUCGAAAGGCUCCAAUUCUACAUCACUUUUCAGAAUCAAUCACAGGUGCAGGAACACUUCGUUGUUUCAAUCAAGGAGACCGUUUUUUGAUGAAAACAAUGGACCUGAUUGAUGAUUAUUCCCGAGUCGCCUUUCACAAUUAUGCCACGAUGGAAUGGCUGUCUGUUCGGACCAAUUUUCUGUUCAACCUUGUUUUCUUCCUUCUUCUUAUCAUCUUGGUCAGCCUGCCUAGGUCUGCUAUUGAUCCUAGUUUGGCAGGAUUGGCUGCUACCUAUGGUUUAAACCUAAAUGUCCUGCAGGCUUGGGUGAUAUGGAAUAUGUGUAAUGUAGAAAACAAAAUGAUAUCAGUUGAGAGAAUUCUUCAGUUCACACAUAUACCAAGUGAAGCACCACUGGUGAUUGAAGACUGUAGACCAGUUCCUGAAUGGCCAAUGGCAGGAAAAAUUGAACUUGAAAACAUUCAUGUGCAAUAUAAUCCAGCUCUCCCGACUGUUCUCAAAGGGAUCACUUGCACUUUCCCUGGAGGGAAGAAAAUAGGAGUUGUGGGCAGGACAGGGAGUGGAAAGUCCACUUUGAUCCAAGCUCUCUUUAGGAUUGUGGAACCCUCAGGAGGGCAGAUUCUUAUUGACGGUGUGGAUAUUUCUAAAAUAGGCCUGCAGGACUUAAGGUCAAGGUUGAGCAUUAUUCCACAAGACCCAAUUUUAUUUCAAGGUACCAUGAGGACCAAUCUGGAUCCUUUGCAACAGCAUUCUGAUCAAGAACUCUGGGAGGUUCUGAAUCAAUGUCGACUGGCAGAGAUUGUUAGGCAGGAUCAAAGGCUUCUUGAUGCACCUGUGGCUGAAGAUGGAGAAAACUGGAGUGUUGGACAGAGGCAGCUUGUUUGCCUCGCCAGAGUGCUCUUAAAGAAAAGGAAAAUUCUUGUGUUGGAUGAGGCUACAGCUUCUAUUGAUACCGCAACCGAUAUUCUAAUUCAGGAGACAAUAAGGAAAGAAACGAGUGGAUGCACAGUGAUCACUGUGGCUCACCGGAUUCCUACGGUUAUCGACAAUGACCUGGUUCUAGUUCUUGGUGAAGGCAAGGUUUUAGAGUAUGAUUCUCCAACUCGGUUACUUGACGAUAGUUCCUCUGCAUUCUCCAAAUUGGUGGCGGAAUUCUUGAGGAGAUCUUCCAUGAGCAACUACUAUAGAGAUCCUUCUUAAAUAUUUGGUACAGAAUGUGCAUGAACCUCAAUUACUUCAAUCACUGUUUAGAAUUCAUACUCUUUCUGCACAGUCCUAUGUCGGGUUAUCAUGCUGAUCCAUGCAAGGGGCAUGAUCCCAUGUUGUUUGAUCAGAUAUGGCUUCAGUUUGAGGGGUUCGGUCCUAUCGAACAAUUCUUUUUCCUCCCAAUCAGAAAAUAGAGAUUUUCCUUGGUUGAACAUAAAAUACAUGGAUGCCUAAAGGCUCAGGAAUUUAUGAGUAGACAUUUCCGCGGUGCAUAAUGUUCAUGAAUAUAGGAUGUGGAAGUAGAGGUGCUAUGAAUGAUGUUGCACUUGGUUCAAGUUGUCAUGUGACAUCCCAAAUGUUUAAGUUUAUGAGCGAAGGAUGAGAUUCUGCAAAAUCAAAGGAAGUGCUAUAAAAAAAGGUCAGGUGCACAACUGAUAGAAGUUGAAACUCCUGAAGAAGUUACUUCUUGGAUGGCUCAGACAACAGAGUAACUGCUGGCGACUUCAGAAGUAAGGCAAGAUCAGUUUCUACCCCUACCUGUCGACUUCAGAAGUAAGGCAACAAACUUGGAAACAUGUCUAUUAGACCUGAUGAUGUUACUGUACCACUUCCAGUAAAACGUGAGAGCCAUUUCAUGGAGCUCGUUUCAUGAAGAUUGAAGUCCUAGAAUAAUGGGAUUGUAGAACAAAGUGGUAAUUCAUUUCUCUAGUUGUAAAGGGAUGCCUGAAGCUGGCUCGAGAAGAAGUUGAUGGCUAAAAUAAACCCAACGCAUAUCUGGUUGUACAUAUGCAUUUUGCAUUCACGAUGGAAUUGUUUAAAUUUAGGAAAUGUAUUAAAUUCCGACUAAUGUAGCAUUUUCAAGGUUUUAUAAUUAUUCAUAGGGUAUUGCUAAUACUCUGUCUUCAUUUUCCAUUGAA